UUUACAUGUGAAAUGUCAUAAAUAAAAGGAAGACUGUCAUUCUCUAACAAUGGCUUCAUCGUCAAUUCCAAUUGAUAAAUUCAGAGAUAUUCUGAUUUGUGAAAUAUGUAUGGAUAAUCUAAAUGAACCAAAACUGUUGCCAUGCCAACAUUCAUUCUGCCUCUGUUGCCUAGAGACAAUGGUGAGGAGUAACCACCGGGCAAGAUUCAUCACAUGUCCAGUCUGCCGAGAGGAGUCAAUGUUGCCCCAUGGUGGCCCAAAACACCUCCGAUCAAGCUUUAUUAUGAACACGCUUCUAGAUAUCGCGAGAGAAAGGAGCAUUAACUGUGACAAAUGUGGAGAUGAAAUAAAACAACCCAGUGCUGUUUGUAUAGAAUGCACUAGAGGAUUUUGCGACAGAUGCACUAAGAUACAUAAAUCAACACGAAAAACGGAAUCACAUAAAAUGGUUGACUUAACUGGGGAUUAUAAAACUGAUAUACUCUCAGCAGUACAGCUUAUGAAUAACUCUAGUUUAACAAGAAAUUGUAGACUCCACCCUAGAGAGCCCCUGAAAUUCCUAUGUGAAGUUGAUAAUAUGAUCAUCUGCCUUGAUUGCCAUGUCACAAGCCAUAAUGGACAUAAAUGUAUUGAGAUCAAAACAGCCGCAGAGACAUACAUCAAAAAGAUUCGAAAUCAAAUAUCACCAUGGCAACAAAUGACAUCACAUAUUCAAGAAGCAUUUGAGACAGCUGAAUCACAAAAGAAACUAAUCAUAGAUAACACUGAAACAAUUAAAGAAAAGGUCCAGAGAGAUAAGGAAGCAAUUCUUAAAACAGUUCAUAAACAUUUUGAUGACCUAACAAACUCAAUUGACCACCAUAAAAUUGAGCAAACUGAGCCUAAAGAUAUAGAACUCAAUGACCUUGGACUGUCAAAAGCAAUUGCUGAUAGCAUGUUGACACAGCUCAAUAUCAUAACAGAUACUACAGACCCCAUUGAUAUUGUAACACUCGGCAUUGAACUAACAAACAAUGAACCUCCCAUUAUUAAACCAGUUCAGAUCGCACAAAAAUCUCAGAUGUCUUAUCAGCCAUCUGAAAUCACCAAUGGUGUCAUUAAACUUGGGAAGGUAUCAAUUUUUGAUGAUAAAGAUCAUGAAUUAGGAUCUGUACACAGAAAACCUAGAAGACCUCCCAGCACAUACAUGGGCACUGUCGACAUAGGUGUAAAAACACCCAAAAAGGCCUUUGCUCCUAAAAGGCCUCCUCGUAUUAUUGACACUGUGCAAUCACCUUCAAUACAUUCAUCAAAAGACCGAUCCAGGAACAGCUUUAGAGAAUCAAGCAACAAAACAACCAACAGACUAGCGCAAAAAGUAAAAUCAGAUGCCAGACUCUAUCCAGAAAUUCAUAACUAUUCAGAUGACAAGAAAUAUGACAUAUCCCCUUUCAAGGACAUUUCCACUCAUUCACAAUUUGACACUUCUUCACUGAAAGACACUUCUAGUGAGGCAGAUAAUAAGACUCUGCCACGUGGCCAUGUGAAACCCACUGCGCCACCUAUAUGUGAAGAUGUUACACCAAGUACUAGGCCCCAAGUGCCACCAAGGACUUACCAACUAUAUGACAAUACAUACAACCAGGAGUACUGUGGUAACCUUAUUUAAAGAUAUAUUAAGCUAACUGAACUUGAAAUUAAUAAAUAUGGCUGUUUGCUAUACAAAUAGAGAUCAAGAAAAUGUAAUGUAAAGUGGCUCAAAAGUGAAGAAACUA